AUGCGUACGACCAUAGACUCUCUUCUGGCCCAAGUCAAACAAUUCGACACAGAUGAGGCCACUGCCCGAGACCGACUGCAAUACCUACUGCGGGAGAUAAGUCUCCUGGCAAUCCGCACCCUAAAACGCCAGUACAUCUGUGAAGUGAGCCUUGCUUAUGAGCAAAACCGGACAAACUGGGUUAACAAACUGCGUGGGCUUCGAUCGCUGCAGGAACAGCUUAUACAAACCGGAGCUACUGUUGAAAUUCUUAACGGGCUUCCAAAGACCGAAGAGACGCCUAAGUCCCUGAAAACUAUUCCAGUUGACCUGAGUUACCAGGAUGAUUGCGUUAGGUGGUUAAAGACACUCAAUGGAGCAAAAGUUCAAAUUCUGAGUUAUAAACUGACUGCAGACCUCCCCAAAAUUCCUGAUUACUUUCAGAACGUUGAAGAGGAGGUCCGUUUUGAGCCGGAGUAUACGCCACAGGAAUUGGACACGGCUUCGAUUGUAGCGGGAAUCUUCUUUGUGACGGGAAGACGGGACGAGAUAUUGUCUGCUGCCUCCACCUCGCGUGAACCCUUCAGCUUCUACGUGGAUGUGGGUCGUCUCACAAGCGAUUGUGAUCGUUUGAAGACAGGUAUGGUAACCCACUGGAACUUCCUUGAGGCCUACUGCACCAGCUGGCUCAGACUUGUGAGAGGAAGUGAGGAAUUAGGUAGCAAUACUACCGAGUUUCUGGAGAAGACGUUCACGUUGGUAAAGAGUGCGGUAGAUCUAAUAGACACACGUCUAGACAGACCGGGAAAUCACAAGAGAUUGUUCGAAAUCACUACUCAACUCAGGGAAUGGCAAAAGGCCUUUGAAUCACCCUCAGAGGUUGAAAACUUGACUGACCUUCCACUUGUCUCUCGUGUACUAGAGUUGCAAGCGGACGGCGAGAAGUUGAUUGAAUCAUUGGCAUCUCGAACUCUAGUAGUCAGAGCUCUGCUAGAUGCUAACCGAAUGGUUUUGCUCAAUGCAUCAAUACGACUAUGCGGUAUUGCCUAUCAGUUGGAGAGGCUAGUCAAAGCGUAUGACAGUCGAGAGGCGGCAAUUAGGGAGGUGAAUAACGUUGUGAAGGAGGCUGAACAGGAAGCAGGUUUCAGGUCUGUCAGCAAUCUGGCUGCCAACCUACUGGGCGUCGAGGUUUCCCCAGAAAUGUUGGCUGCUGAUGAACUGGUUGGUGGUAGCAACCUUAAAACGGAGAUUUCUUACAAGUCGGAUCUGGAAAGCCUUUUGCGAACGGUUUGGUCUUCUCAAGACCUCUCUAGGUUACUUGCGAGAAUAUCAAAAGCUCGCACUUAUUUGCGAACGCAUUUGCCACCGAAACUGAUGCAUUUGCAACAAUCCAGCUCUGCGGCUAUUUGUGCUUUUGAGGCAAUUAUGAACGAAGAGCAUCCGAAACCCAGUCUAGAGCGAUUAGCAGACGAUACAGUCAGAAAUAGGAUCGUUACAAGGUGUCAGCAUUUCUCUGAUAUUAUGGAUGAGGCCAUAAAGCACUUAGAGGAUAAGCAUCAGGCGAUGACCCUGAUAGAAACCAACAUCAGCCAUAUUUGCACGUGGAUUGAUGAACUCCUUCCUAGAGUUCAAUCAGCGACUCAUCUCCUUUCCGUUUCUGCUAACGAAUCCGCCAUUCCUGAAGCGGUACAGUUCGCAGAAACGGUUGAAGACCCCACCGAUCUACUGGACUUUUUCAAUGCGGAGCGUGAACACUACGCAAAGAUAAUUGAGCUAACGCAAUUGGAAGUCAAUUCUGACAGUGAAAUCCUUUGCUCCGUUUUCGAGUCACAGACUAAAUCCAUUGCAACACGGUUUGGUGAUCUGGUCAGUGCCGUCAGUGGCAUGGAGGAUCUUUGGCGUACCUAUCUAGCCCAAGACGAUGCAGUGAGACAUGAGCUUUCGCGUGAGUCCGAUAAGCUCAAAGUACUCACUGAUCGUUUGGAUAAAAUCAACCUGCAAAGUGGACCUACCUUACUUUUCACAGCCUCGACCAAGGAACGCACUGAUGCUAUGGAACUUCUAGCUCAAUCGUUUGAAGAAACACAGCAGAUUCGAAGUGAUUACAUCGAUAUGAUAACACGAGUUGAAGUGCUUUCCAAUCGUUGUUUUAAUCGAGAUGCCUUUAGAAUGCGAUUGAAGCGGAGAAAACUGCUGAGAGAUCAAAUGGCUGAGGAGGUGGUGCAGGAGCAACAGGUGGGUGUGGAGGAUAAAUCGAAGGAGCACUCAGACAGUCUUUCUAAGCACUGUGCCAAUCUGAGUUUCCAACUAGCCUCCGUGGACACAUUGAUAAAACGGUGCGCCGAGGGUAUAGGCAAACGCAUGAUGAAGGUGCAGGCUGACUCCGCUAACGCCUGGUCAAGUGAAUUCAAUGCUCUCUCUGAGGGGAUAGAAAAAUUGAAGAGCUUUGUGGAGCUUCCACUUCUUCUUAAAGCUGAACGUCAUGAAGCUGUACCUACCUUCUUUGCUGAGCGGAGGCUUGAUAUUCAGGAAUCCCAGAAUCGCAUCAACAACCUGGAAUCCGAGUUGUCGUGUACCGUCAGUCUCCACAGAGUCAUUCAACGCUCGUCUCACUACGACCACGGCCCCAUGGCUUCCAGCAUAGGUGAUGAGGUUUACACUAGAAAGAACAGGGCUAUGCUUGCAGCGCUGAGGCAGAACCUCAUCGAAUACGCCAUUCACGUCGGCGAAAUGGAGUCGCUUCUGGUGGAGGCUUUUACAUCCACAUCACGCUUGAAAGCUGCUUUAGCGGAGAUGGAUAGGCGUUUGUCAGUAGCUCUCACCGCCCUGGAGGAUUCAUUGGACCUGCAUAAAUGCGAGAUCUCUCUUGCUCAAUUUUCUGCUAUGAAAAACGAUCUGGACCCUAUAAAGUCAGAGCUUCGCUCGCUUCAAUCACUUUCCGAUCAUUUCCAUACCACAAUGACAGUGGCUAUAUCAAAUGGUUCUUCUCUUAUAUCUGUUCUCGGCGUCAACAUUAAAGAAGCGUCGCCAGCUUCACAGGAAAGUGCCUCAUACUUCUUUGCCGAAAUUGCUAGUUUCGAUAAAAAGUUUCACUGGAUAGUGGCUAUCUUGGACGAAGCCAACGGUCAUAUUUCAGUGCUGAUUAGUGGCUUCAAACAGUACGAAUAUUGGAUCAUGGAGACGCGCACCUGGCUUCACCAGUCCGAAAUUUCACUCAGAUCCAAAUUGGAGGGGAUUGACGGCUUUCAUUCUCUCGAUAAGGACGAGGUUGAAAUGCACCUCAUGCUGAUUCAAAAUCUUGUUUUGAGUUCCAGCGAUGGGAAAAGACUUGUGAACGUCAUGGAAGUUGCGACAGCGGACCUCCUGACGGACGCUUUGGAGGUCAAUCGUUGGGUGGGAAAUGUUUGCCAAUCCCCGCAUUUUCAUUGCAUGACCCCUCAUUCCGCAGCAUCCCUACCCCAAUUCCGAGAGGCCCUGAUGAACACGAGUCAACAGCUUAAGGAGGAUUUGUCGAAGUACCUUAGUCUUUUAAAUACGGCGAAGGAACAGGCUGAGGUCAAAUUGACCGUGUGUUCAACGUUCUGUGACAACUGCUACCGCUUUAUCGAAUGGCUUACUGAUUGUGAGACUAAGUGGAAUAUUCCUAGUGUUGGUGAGACUGAUAAUCCCAUCGCUAAUAAAGAUAUGUUUCUUUGGGAGAAGCAGACCUUGGUCGCAACUUAUAAACAAAGACUGACGGAUGUACAGGUGCACGAGUCCCUUCUAAAGGAAUUGUUUGGGUCGACUGAACUUGACUAUGCAACAGAUCAAUCUCCAAUUGAUGGUAGCACUCCUGCAACGAAUGUUCGCCUUCUUGACGCUCGAAAACGAUUUCAAUGGCUUCAAAAAUGUGUGGUUACUCGUAUAGCUUCGAUUGAAGACGAUGUGAAGAAAACAGGAGAAAUGGAAGCGCUGCUGCAAGCCUUCCGACGCUCUGUUGAGAGCAUUAAUAGGCGCUUUACUACGUUGGAAUGGGAGAUUGUGGAACUAUCUACUUGGGAGAAACUCAAACCUGUCACCUCCGAGCCCAUCCUGGAAAUGCUGGAAGACGUAAUACAGCAGCUUCCCCAUAGUCUGCAUACACUGACGGAACUUUCACGAGAGCUCGAAGCAGCCAAAGAAACAAUGGUUGACACAUCCAGCUCUCCCCGCCAUGCUGACGAGGCUAAGGAAAUGCUUGUAAAACUACGAAAUCUGCGGAAUUGUACGGAAAAGUACAUUAAAACAUGCCUCGUUCUCUCAAAUUCCUAUCGGACUCUGUCUGACGACAUGGACAAAUUCAAAACACGGAUUUCAGAGAAGGCAUAUAUUUCUGAAUUGACCUCUCCUGAUGUGUGCCGAUUGACCAAUGAAGAGUGGUUUUCCCUUCGAAACGACGUUCUCGUUGAGCAGUCUGUGCUAUGGCAAUUUGAAGAGGAGCUUCGAAACGAGAGUUUUGAGAGCAAGUUUAGUGUCACCCAGGCUGCAUUUGACGAGUUCCUGGGCGCCAUUAACGACGUCGCUCAAACGUCAGCCUCUCAAUGUUCCGCCGUUUGCCAAUUCAAAUCGAAAAUGGAGGAAUUACAGGAAUCGUUCAACAAUUGUAAGAAGACCAUUGCUGACUAUCAACAUGGGCUGGAGAUGCAAUUAAGUAAGGGCGAUCUCUACCACGAUGAAUUGAAUUUGUGUCAAGAGCUUCUCAACGAAAUUGGGACGAAUUUGGGGGAGAUAUUGAACUCGGCAAGUCUUCGAGGUGACAUUAAGACCUGGACGAUGGACACACAGGACCUCAUUUGCAACGUAACUGCGAUCGAGAGACGUCUGUGCGACUUCCAGACUAAAGAACUGGAGAGUUUGAUGGCAAUUGCUCAGUCUGGAGAGGAAUUCCUGCCUCUAGCAGCGCAAGCCACGCAGGAUCGCUGGAGUGACCUGGUUAAUCGGGCAAUGAAUGCACGGGGAGCGGCUGAAUCAGCACUUAGUGCCGUUCAGGACGCGGCCGACGCAUUUCUGAAUAUGCUUAACUGGAUCCGAGAGGCCAAAGACAAGUUGAAUGCGAUUGUAAACACACCUAUCGGUCAGCCGAAUAAGUCGCUGACGGAAGCCGAUGAAUCGCGGUUCAUGGCUGACGAAUGGAGUGGUUUGGCUGAGGUCAGGUCUUUACGGCUCUCAAAGCUGACGAAACUCCACUCUGAAUCAGUGGCCCAAAGGAAGAUGGUGCUCUCAACCACCGAAGAUUUGGGCAAACUAAAGGGGGCACCUCCAUCCAAGGCCGAGGCUUCAGUGAUUCGAGAUCUGGAGCUGGAACUAGCCGACGCUUAUGCCGAUUUGAUCGAUCAUUGCCAAACUGCGGUCAACAGUGAACAUGAGCUUCUCAGGACUACAAAGGCCGCUCUAGAGGAUGCCAACUCGGCCCUUAACGCCACAGAAAAGCUCUCAGAUCGUGCCAAUAGCCUCCUCUUUCAUGAUGACCUUGGCGCCUCACUAGACUGGCAGCAGACCUGUUUCAACGACUUCAUAAGCAUCGAAGUGGCCACUGUUCGCGAGCUGAUCGAUCGGUCGAAGAAGUGGGUUACUUUGUUGCCACAACCUGAUGGUUAUCUUGCAGAUAAUAUCAACUUGAGAUUGGUGGAAGAGUUGGAGAAGAUUGAGUGUAAGGUAACCGAGCGAGUGGAGGUUUUGGGGAAGUAUGUACACAGCCUAUCCGAAAUUUCCCAAAGAAUAUCCUCUGAAGAGGUCUGGCAAUGUGAGUUCAGUGCAGAUAUGAAUCCAGGCCUUAGAAAUGCUCCAGAUACUUUGGAGAAGAAGCGUGAGAUGAUACAGUACUUCGAGACCAAACUGACCGAAAUCAACUACCACAUUGAAUCCGUGGGGCGCCUCUCUGAUGAUUUGGAUAGACUGACGACGAACGACGGUGCCCCUUUUGUCACACCACCGGCGCUUGUCUUCCAACUGCAGAAUUUGCGUCAAAGUCUGGCACUUCAACGGCAGAUCGCCGAUGGCCAACGGGCACGCUGGUUUCAAGUGGUAGACCAGCAUGUCCACUUUAUACGUGACCUCUUUAGUACGCAUAGUUGGGUCUUCUCCCUCGCUGCCGAAUCCAUGAGAUGCUGGAGUGUCUUCCAAGACGUCUGCAAGUCGGCGCCACCCAAUUUGGAGAUGAUUUCGUGGACCAGAGAGGCUUCCCUAUACACAGUUAAAUUCCAUGAAAUUUCGAGUGAGAUCCAAAAACUGAAUGGGAGAUUCGCCCUCAUUUGUGUAGUAGGGAGCGGAGAAGUCAACACAAGGAUAGGUCUAUGUUUGAGGGAUUUGGAGAAGUACUUGAAGGCCACUGAACAAUUGGUGGAAAGGCGACAGUCGUUGCUGGACAAAAGCUCCCUUCACGUGGGCGAAUUUGUCAGAAACGCCCAGCGGUUUUCACAAGCGGCUGAAGCAUUCACUACUAGUUAUCAUCAGGUUCUAAGUGCUUCUACCGAGCUCACGAACCUCGUGUUACAGACUUUGUUAGAAGAUGUUGAAAGGGGUCUAUCGCUGGAUUUGAAUAAUUUGCAAAAGGAAAGGGCUGCUGUUCAGGCUCUAGCAGUGGAGGCGUGCAGUGACGAACUGAAUCUACCCAUUUUAGAACCGCUGGAGGAAGAAGUGAACGAGGGUGUAAAGUGGGAGAAAAAGCCGAUUGCGAGACCGACAGAUCCACCUGAGAAUCGAAUGUUGGAUGCGGAUAAAGUGCUUACUGAACUGAAUGAAGUCAAAGCUUCACUAGUUGCAUCUAUUACCGGCCUCUACAAGGCAGCAGAUGCACUCGCAGUUGCUCGAAAGCAUCAACGUCAAACGCGAAAAUCCUGUCAGGAUUGGCUUUUAGAAGCUUCAAAACAGCUGGAAGCUUGCAGGAGUCUCAUGCUUGAACAAGCGUCUUCCCACACGGCAUCGCUGAGCCAAAAAGUCAACAGUCUUAGAAUACAACGGAGGAACUUGGAGGUACUACUGGAGACACACAAAAGAAAUAAGGAUCGGUUUUCCCUUGCAUUAGAAUCUGAGGCUGAACUGCUUAACUGUCGCGCAGGACUUUUACAAGGCCUUAAAGAUGAAUGCAGUAAAUGCGAAAUAAUCUCCAAUUUCGCCCUAUCUGACGACUGUCUGGAGGCUACCACUCUUAGCCAUGGCUGGGAGAAUCUGGUGGGUGAAAUUCAGGCUCUUCAGAGCUCUAUGGCUGAUCACUUAGCGAAGUGCGAGGCGGCUUCUGAAGCUGUCGUUUGGAUGGUGGAGUGGUUAAGGAGCCUAGAAAAACGCAUUCGUGUGGAGGCUGUUCCGUCUAUAGACAACCUCAGACUCACUCUCUCCCACCGUGGUCAUUGUCUGAGACCCUAUCUUGAGGAAGUUGAAGUGAUUGAAAAAGUUAUGAAUGCGCAACAGGACGUCAUAAAAUCUUGGCAGAAGUUGAAUGAGGAAAUCCACUGCAAGAUCCCUGAGUUUAAUGAGUCGGAGCGAAAGAUCUCUGCUUUUCAAUCGGAGGCUGACUCGGUUGCACAAAAUUUCCGGCCCCGUCUUGAUGCUUCCAUUGAAACUGCAAAGAAUUCUCUCCAACGAAAUACCCAAGGACUAGAUUCCCUUAACCAAGUCUAUCAGAAUCUCAUUUCAUACAACAAAUGGAUCCUCGCAAUCCAGCAACACGCUUCCACCAAGAACACUUCAAUCCCUGCACUCCUUGGUCAGGAGGCCGAAAUCACGCUAGAGGAGGGUCAGGAGCAUGUCUCCUCUCUCAUCAGUGCAGUAGAGCAUUUCUCAACUGAAUGCCAAUGGGCUGGGGACAACCUCUGUCCCCUAUCUGCUGCUCGCCUCCUCUCCGCUGAUCUGCUUUCCCACCUCAAAGUUGUCUGGCAGUCUGCCCGGAUAGAGAUACAGACGCUGCGACAGAAACACCAGAGCGACGCCGAGGCACUGACUGACUUCUUUUCCCGUUUAACAGUUCUCGCUGUGUGGUUGGGCGAAAAACGAGAUCUGUUUAAGGGUAUUCGAGGGGAAGUAAACAACUUCUGCAGCCCUUCGGUUGGCACUUACACUGAAGAGUUGAACAAACAGGCUGCCAAGCUGCCUCCAGCAGGGGCUGCUGUUGAGACAAUAGCCCUAUGCCUCAAAAAGAAGGAAAAACUAGUGUCAGAUAUCUCAACCCUCCUCAAACAUUUAAACGUAAAGAAUUGUGAUUUCGACUUUCUGCGGGAGAGGCUUCAAGAACUCACUAUACUUGGGAUCGAAGGCAUUUCGCAGGCAACUUCAGACACCGAUGAGCUAAUGGAAGGAUACUCGGAUUUACGAACAAGAGUGAGCCAGCUAUCUGAACAAUCGAAGGAAAUGUUGUCCCUGCAUCAGAAUCUGAUGGCGAUUUUAAGUGCGGUCCAAACAUGGCAUGAUGAACUUAGACGAUCUAUCCUGAGUUCGUCUGGUUUCUUUGGUGAUCGCUACGCACUGAAUAUUGAGACGGUCCAUCAGAAGGGCGAUAAAAGAUGUGCUGAUCUGAAGGAGGCCUGUGUUCGUUGCUUAGCCACCUCCCCUUCGGAUCUCGCCCCAGCCUUGCUGGCAGCCACGAAUAACCAGCUAACUGAGUUUCCCAAUCUCUGCGAAAAAAUUGUCACCACACACUCCCUCUACACCUCCAUUCUCACGGUCUGGGAAAAAUUAGACAUGGCAGCAGCUGAGUUUGACGCAAGCUCUCAACGCUUUCAGGAGUCCCUCGCAAACUACGAAGUGCCUUACUGUGAAAAUCCAUCAAACUUCCAAGCCAAGGUAGACAUGCUUUCUUCCACACUUGAUGUGCUUAACGGAAUGAAGGACAUGGAUUCCAGUGCAUCAGGACUCUGGUUAGAGGCUUUAACGCUCAGGAACAAGUUUUCACAACUCGCUGAGUACUCUACACAACUCAAAUCCAUCCUCACAGAGAUUCCAACUAAAGAAGAUCCAAGUUUAGCCUCUACGAUUGCUCAGCGGUCCAACGAGCUAAAAAGUCUCAUCAAAACCUUACAGCAGAUAAUUGCUACAUGGCAGAGGAUGUCCGAUCACCUUAGUGAGAUUUUAAGGGAAAGUGAAGAGUUGGGAAAGGAAGCCGACGAGUUCGCGAAGGAGGUAGAAGACCUUGUUAAGGGGGAAGGGUUUUGCACUUCAGUUAUUGCUGUGAACGAUUUGAUUGAAAGAUGUGAAUUGUGUAUGGAGAGGCAUGGCAACUUUACCGACGCUUUGAAGAUGAUGAAAGGGAAGCUUUCUUCACUGACACCUCACACAAACAAUUCAACUAUUCUUGAGUUGCAAGGAGCUCUCACAAAUCACCUAACUCAACAUACUUCCAAUCAACAAUUGGGCAGGUCUCUAAUCAAGCGACUGAAAGAGAGACUCGACACUGAUGCCAAGGUGAAAGCUGAUUUGGGUCGUUACAAUGCUGCACUUUCCGAAGCUGAGUUGACCCUCGUAAAGUUGACUACCUUUGGUCGUCUCAUACCAAACAUAUCGUUACCGAAACCCCUCUCCCUCUCAACUAUACCAAAUUCGGAGACGAAUUUCAAUUUUGUCAAGUUUUCAAAUGCAGUACAGGAGUACAUGAUUCAGCAGAAGCAGUCUGUUGCCAGGCAUAAUGAACAGCUAUCUAGACUCCAGGAGGAAUUAGCUGGACAACAGAAGGAGAUUUAUGACUUAAUUAACCAAAAUAUGCUUGAAGAUGAUGGAUCUAUUCUUGCCAAAAAUGGUAUAAAAUGUCGUCUUGAAGAACUUGUGGGGCGAGUAGAACAAGUGAAAAAAGAUGACAGUGCUUGUGAGGUCUUCAUUCUUGAGAGUAACCUGCAGAUAGCCAAAAUCAUCGACGAACUGGGCUCUUGUGUCGAUGUCUUCGUGCAUAUAGAGGGUGAUUCUAGACGGAUUCCCGGUGAUUUCUUGGCGAAUUCCGAGACGAUUCUGACGAAUUUAAAUGCACUGUCAACACGUUUGAAUGAAGAUGCUCCUCUACUUUCACCAAUUAAAAAGAUCCACAUGCGGCUUCCAACAGACGAUCAUGAAUGGAAAAAUUAUAUGAGCUUGUACGACCUGCUACUAAAUGAGUUCGAUAAUCUUCGGCAACGGGUGGAGCAUCUCAAAACUACGGUACGAGAUGAAGUUAAUGAGUUGACACGAGUAGCUGAUCUGCGACGACAAUGGGUCGACCUUCACUCAAGGCAUGUUGCGAAACUGUCGCAAAUUUCAACCUAUGUGCAACAGACUCCAGCAUCGCUCGAUAUGACGUCCGAAGAGAAGGUGAUUUCCCAACUCAACGCCUAUUUGGCAUUAGUCAAGUCAUCAAAGGUUGAUUUGCAAACUGCUGUUGCUGAAUACACUCACAAAGCGACCAUUCUCUUAUCUAGUCUCACCGAUACGGUAAAGUCAUUUUCCUCGCAUCGAAAUCAACCGGUAGGAAUGUUAGUCGCUUGUAUUGAAGGUCAGAAAGGCCAUUUCGAGGAUGCUGAAUGUCAGGCAGAAAGGAUGGAAAAGGAGAUCACAGAAGAAAUAGCCCAUUGGGAUAAAUUUAUCACACAGUUAAGGGCAUUUCAACAGUGGUUGCUUGCCCGCGAUGCAGAUCUAGAAGCAACCUCAGCUGCAAAAACCUUUGCAGAACGCACCAAUGGACUUCGCAGUCUUGAUGAGACUCUACAGAAGAAUGGAGGUCCCAUGCUUGAUAGAAUUGUGUCCUGCGGUUGUACGCUUCGAUCGCUUCGAUCUAACCUAACUGUCAUUAAUCAUGCCACCACAUGGAUUACUGAUCGGCAUAAUAUUCUGUUAAAAGAGGUGUCUGAAAGGCGGAAUAGUUUGAAAAAUAUGAUCUUGGCUGAGGAGGAGUUGCACAGAAAUGCCAACUGCUGCUCCGAUUUGCUGGACAUUCAGGAGGCUCAGCUCAGUGAACUCUGUGAAAAACCAUUUGCUGCAUCUUCGGCUCCCUCCACGAUCGAUGGUUUUGAAGAAAGGUUGCAGAAAUUGCAUGAGUAUCUGCGCCAAUUGGAAGGAUCAAAGUCCACCCAUUUAGUUCCAUUGGAUGAGCGCAUUCAGUCGGUGAAAAAUCAGUUAAAGACGUGCGGUUUAGAUCAGGCUGAAGUAAACAAUGGAGUGGCAAAGAUUUCUGAAUUAUGGAAACGCUAUACCAGACUUCGAGAAAGCUGCAUCCGAGUGUCUACUGAACUGGAAAAACUCGUUAAGGGUAGUAAGGCCUUCUACAAACUAACUAGUGAAAUGAAUUCAUGGCUGAUAGAGCAAAAAGAGACCUUCGCUGGGUUAGAUCGAGGCACACCUAUCUUGGACUAUCACAACAUACAUGAGUUGACUGACCAACUUGCGAAUCGUGCCAACGCCUUCCAUCGCUUCUAUAUGGAGCUUAAUUCAACCGGUGAGCGCCGUCUAGCUGACUGUUCCUCAAGUGCUACAGACAUGUUGAACACCGCCAGGUCAAUCAACAUGCCGAUUCUACAAGACGGCUCCUCCAAAGUCCACAGCCAAGAGACUCUCAUUGCAGACCUACAUAAGUGCUUCCAAUCGCUACAUACACAGGCCACAAAGCGAAGAGAUGAGAUCUCCUCUUUGUUGGUUUCUCUCACAACCUAUGACGAGUUGUUUAUGAGUCUCCACACCUGGGUGUCUUCAGUCACGAAAGAAGUGACCAAAGAGGGAACAGAAGACGCUGCAAAGGAGAUGCAACUCUGGUCUACGCCUUCUAGUUAUUUGACAAUUAGGUCCAGCCAUGUUCUUUCCCAGCUUGCCCAAAGUCACGAACGGGCAGAACAGAUUGGUGAGAAACAGGCUCAUUUGGACAUCUUGCUGUCUCGCUCAAGUCGACUUUUGGAAGAAUGGGGUUUUUCAGAAGUAACGCGUUUUGCGGCGCAGAAGGCUGGAACUCUCUCACGUCGCUUCGUCGAACUCACGAUACAGGUGAAGAAGCAGAUCGAGCAGAAAUCGAUGAUUCUGAGAAACAUAGAGAGACUUCAAGAAGCACGAGAUGCAUAUAAUGUCUGGGAGAAGGAUGUCCGAGGGAAAUUCGCGCGCGCCUGCCAUGAAGACUACUCAACCGAGGUACUGAAGAAAGUGAAGAGAGUGGCCAAGUCAUUAGAUAUGGGUGAUGUGCUGCUGGAAGCGUGUCGACAGUGGGCUCUUAGCGUACAGUCAGAUGCGUUAGGAUCUAAGGCUGCUAAUCCCUCUCUGGUGCAAGAUCUUAUGACCAGUUAUGAAACCCUGAAGAGCAUGAUAUCUCAAAAACUUGAAAAUAUUGAAAAGCACAUAGCACAGCAGCGGGCUAAACAGUUAACCAUUGCUUCGUUGUCUUCCUGGCUUGAAGCCGCAGAGCAAAGGCUUCAAGCCAUCGUUUCUUCCAUCUACACACCGCCUCAAAUAAUUUUAAAAAGCGCUUCCUUUGUCGCUGUUAUGGCCUUUUAUGAACAAUCAGUUGCCAGUGCCUUGUCCGAGCUAUGUAGCCUGCAAUCCGAGUGCUCAAACAAGGUGGGUUUUGAGGAUGAUUCUCAACUUUCAUCCCGUUUCUACGCCUUUAAAGUGAGGCUGGCACAGUGUGUCGGUGAAGCCGAGGAGAGGGCUAAGAACCUUAAUGCUUACGGAGAGGCUAGCGAGCUCGUUUCGAUUUGUCAGAAGCUGACGCUGGAGAGGUAUGUUCAGAUUACUGGUAAAAGUACCACAAUCCCAGAGACGGUAUCUCAACUCACGGACCCUCCUACUACAGUACUUGAGGCUCUUCUCUCACCCUAUGAUGCAGAACGUCGUCUUACCGUCCUCCAAGGUGCUUACGAUGAACUCGUUAUCGACAGUCGUCAACUGCUGGAAACGAUGAUUGAUUCGGCGGAUAGAUUGGUCUCAACUACCAUGGAGCAGGAAGCCUUUCUGGCAGAAGUAAUCAGUGAACGGAAUGAAGUGCUGAGAGAGGAACAGACAAAACUAGAACAGCUAACAAGGAAAUCGAUUGAACUACUGAGGGGUAUUACUGAAUCCUGGAAGGUGUUCACAAGGACGGAGGAGGAGUUGAGUGAUUGGUUGAUGGCGAUGGAACAGGCAUCCGCUCGACCGAUGAUUAAGAUAGAAAUGUCGGUCGAUGAGAGGAGACAAACUCUUGCAGAAAUGCAGAUGUAUCAGUCGAGCCUUAGUAGGAAGGCUGAGGUUGUUGAAAGACAUUUAAACGAAACCGAACUCAUGAAUCGUCAAACUCCUCAAUUCCAGACAGCUGAGAAGGCUAAACAACUCGCCAACCGUUAUUUCGCACUCGUGACCUCUGUCCAGGCACAAAUCGACCUUUAUAGUAGGGAAGUUGUUGAAUUUUCGCGCUUAGAAAAUGUACUGGACCAGAUGUGUGCCAAGGUUGAAGAUUACCGGUCCCUUAUUGAAGAAUGUUGGAUGGAGGGUCGAUCCAAUAGCCACACAGAACUGAUCCGGAAACAAAUUAUGAUUAAGAAAGUGCUGAAGGAGGUGGUGGACCUAAAAAACUCCUCUCAAUUGGGAGAUUUGUUGAGUCUCACAGAACGUGUGAAGACGUUUGUUUCCGCCACCUUGGGAGAUGAUAUUAGCCGACGGGUUAGCGAGGUAUCUGUCUUCUUGGAGGACUCCAACCGUCGGCUGGAACAAGCCUUGACUCUUGUUGCCUCGCGUUUGGAGACUUGGGAGAACUGGUCUUUGCUGGUAAAGAAGCUGGGAGAGGAAUUAGAGAAAACUGACUCCUCCUUUAAGCUCGCUUUGAAGGAGGCAAAAAUUCCCACUUCCUCCAAUCCUGAUGAUGUGCUCAAAAAGAGACGCGAGGCAAUCGAUAGACUUCAAGAGCUGCACACAUCUCUGGUCUCGAGAAAGCCAGCUUUUAAUGAACUUAGACGACUGAUGAAAGACACUGAUGGUGAAGUGUUGGACCCUCUACUCUACCGUCAAUCAAGCGAAACCCAUAGGACCUGCCUAAAGCGCUCCUGGGAAGGCCUGUUUGCCUUUUCCAAUAAGGUCAAUGCAGCGGAUCAAUGGCUCUUGACAGCCUUCGUGAAACUUACAGCUCUCAACAACGCCAAUCCAGAUGGGCCAAAAGCUACAGAAUUUUUGAUCCGAAGUUGUGAGGUUCUUGUUGCUGAGGUCUCUCACUUCGUGGCCAAUCAACUCAAGUCCCUAAUUGCUGAAGGCCAGGAUAUUGUGGUCUCGAAGAAGACUAAGAAGAAGAGGCAAGAGGAGAAGGAUAAAACAGAGCCAACAGGACGUGUGGAUGCACUCAAACAUCUACUCAACCAACUGAAGGCCAUGAAGGGUGAGGCAGAAGGCCUUUUUCAGGUCGUUGAUGCCAUUAAGUGGACGGCUGUCCGCGCCUCGCCGUUUUUUGCCGUAGCAUCGUUCCUCGUCAUGGCUGAAUAG